AUGAACGAUCUAAUCUCAGGGUCCUUCAAGAAGUACGCAGACUUGAAGCAGCAGGUUUAUCUGGACGAUGUGGAGGCGGGGAAGGAGAGUAUAAACCUGGACAAGUUCUUCGAGGAUGUGGAGAAUGUGAAGGAGGACAUGAGAUCUGUGGAGAAACUGUACAGGAAAUUGCAGGAUGCUAAUGAGGAGAGCAAGGUCGUGCACAAUUCCAAGACCAUGAAGGAGCUUCGAGCCAGAAUGGACAAGGACGUCGAACAGGUUCUCAAGAGGGUCAAGAUCAUAAAGGGCAAGCUGGAGGCUCUAGAGAGGUCUAAUGCCGCCCAGAGAAACGUUCCCGGCUGUGGCCCCGGUUCAUCGGCUGACCGCACCCGAACCUCGGUGGUCAGUGGGUUGGGGAAGAAGCUCAAGGACUUGAUGGAUGAUUUUCAGGGUCUCAGAGCCAGGAUGCAAGCUGAAUACAAGGAAACAGUCGAACGCAGGUAUUUCACAAUCACAGGAGAGAAAGCAGAUGAAGAGACCAUAGAGAACUUGAUAGCAAGUGGGGAGAGUGAAAGCUUCUUGCAAAGGGCCAUUCAAGAACAAGGGAGGGGUCAGAUAAUGGACACCAUAUCAGAGAUUCAAGAGAGGCAUGAUGCUGUGAAGGAGAUAGAGAAGAAUUUGAUUGAGCUGCACCAAGUGUUCUUGGACAUGGCGGCUCUGGUGGAGUCUCAGGGCCAGCAGCUCAACAACAUAGAGAGCCACGUGGCGCAUGCCAGUUCGUUCGUGAGGAGAGGCACCGAGCAGCUUCAUGAGGCAAGAGAGCACCAGAAGGAGUCCAGGAAGUGGACCUGCGUUGCCAUGCUUCUUGGAUUAGUCCUCAUCAUUGUGCUCUUGUUUCCCAUCUUGAUUCAAAUUGUACCUCACUUGUUGAGGUAG